AUGGUAACCCUCGAUGGAACCGCGGCCAUCUUCUUCGGAAAUCGCUCAACUGCAGCUAUCGCGAGAGUAGAAGGUACACCAGCAUACAAGGACUUCAUGCUACGACAGAAUACUUCGUUUGCAGCAUCGGACCGGUCGGGGGAUCUACAGAGCCCAGUAUUCCAGCUAUGGGGCCACAAUGGAGGACUCCGGGUACAGAACAAAACCACCGAGGAAACGGAUAAAGCCGCACUGGAGCCGGUACUGAGAGGUCUAAAGGCAGCGGUCGAGGCAUACCUUGGCAACUCUAUAUGUUUCGUCCAAGUCGCUGUGUCUGUGGAAGAGAGAAACCAUGACUACCUCGGUAAUAUUGUUACUGAAGUAGUCCGACAGAUCGGGCUUGUGGAAAUCUGGGCUGAGCGACCUUACCCUCCUGCACUUGCUCUUUUUAGCAAGUGGUUGCACGAAGGCGAUUUCGGUGAACCUGAUAGUCUCCUUCUUGUCACCGAUAACAGCGAAUAUGGUUUUGACCUCGCUUUGAUCUACCAGGAGGAAGGCUUAGUGCAAUCUCUCCGCCGCAAUUAUCAUCCUUAUACUGGAACUGAAAACGCUACUGAUAAGGCGUCAUUGCUCCAGCAUGCCCUCCAAGAGAUUAUUAAACCCCCAUUCGUCUACGACUUUUACGGUAUACAAGUGCCACAGACUAUCAAUGAACUUGUAAUCUACGGCGAUAGUAUCUGGGAUCCUGACUUUCGAAAGACUCUGGAUGCGACUCUCGACACACGUCUCAUUCGAGGUGCAUACCAAC